UGAUUGGCAAAACUGUAAAACUCAAUUGACGAAAUAGAUAAAGUCUGAUGACGUCACAUUCUACCAUUUUAUAUUGGUGUAUGCAGCCUCGUGGUUUAUAGUAUACCGAUACAAGGAGUUGGCAAAUUUAGGAGCUUCAGUUCUUCACCACAUUUAGUCAAGAUGAAUGCUGAUAAGUUGUCAAAGCUCCAAAAGGAAGUCAGAAUAGGUGGCAAAGGUAGCGCUAGGAGAAAAAAGAAAGUCAUCCACAAAUCCACAACAACAGAUGACAAGAAAUUACAAGGAUCAUUAAAGAAAUUAGCUGUAAAUAAUAUACCCGGUAUUGAAGAGGUUAAUAUGAUCAAAGAUGACGGCACUGUGAUUCAUUUCAACAACCCAAAAGUACAGGCAUCAUUAGCAGCCAACACAUUUGCAAUCAGUGGGCAUGCAGAGAACAAGCAGCUUACAGAUAUGCUUCCUAGUAUCAUGAAUCAAUUGGGCAUGGAUGGUUCAAGUUUUGGAAAGCCUGGUGAUGGUAUGCCUAUUGAGACGGGUGGCAAGGCAGAUAAACCUGAUACUAUUGAUGAAGAAGAAGAGGACGUACCAGAAUUGGUUGGUGACUUUGAUGCGCCGUCCAAGCAGGAAUCUUAGAGAAGAGGGGCCUCUGAGGGACAGACUACUCUGGAGACCUGCUUUGUGUCAUGACAAGCCAAGUGUGGAGACAUUCUCAAGAAUUUUGAUCUAUUACCGGACUUUUUCCUGCUGCUGCUGCCCUCAGCUUAGGCCAGCUUGGACUUUUGUCAGCAAAAGAACUGGCAUUUGUUUUCAUCCUGCUUACCAAGAGGAGUUAUAUUCUAAGCUCUUCUUGACCCCUUUAUGUUCGGAGGGGAGAAGUACCUCAUCUUACUUUGGAAGACCUUUGUAGAACUCUUUAUAUCGUAUACACAGUAUAUUUUACUUUUUUAUAUGAAUAAGUUUUCAUGUUUUCUAAUCUUUCAAGCUCGUGAUUUUUUCACAGAGAGGUCAUGGAGUAUCAACAAAUUUCUGUAUAGUAACACAACAGAAAAAAAUUAAUGAAUUGCUAUUUUCGUGAUGUGGAAGAGGUUCAUCGUGGCGAUGGAUGAAGUUGAAGAAAUUAAUCGGUUGACUCACAGAGUAAAAAGAUGUUUAAACACUCGCAAAUGUUUGAUCCAUCGUGAGACAACAAACUAAUUUCUUCAACUUGAUGCUAUUUUCUUGUACAUCUUGGUGAAUUCCUUGGGUUAAAACUGAUUUCAUUCACUUGUUUCAUGCAGUUUGUAAUGAUGAGGCACCUUGUAUAUCAUGUUUGUUGUAUUAGAAGGAAAAUUCAUGCCGUUUGUCGAACCAAAACACAUACUAAACUGUUGAAUACAAUAAUGAGUGAAUGGUUUCGUUAGUAUCCACUAACCAGGCACUUGACCAAGAUGUAUGCAAUAGUGAGUUUAAAAUUUGAUUAUUGUAUGUCUUAACUGGUUUCAACUUGUUGCAACUGUUUCUGAUUGGUACCCUUGUCAAGUUGAUAUUUUUGUAUGGUAGCAAAUCGGAACCGAUCAUGACCACUUGAAACCAGUCAAGAUUUACGGUUAUCAAACUUGAUUUACUUUGUCACAUUGGAUUACAUGGUGUCUAAUGAUAAUUCCCAGCUUAAUUUACUGAUACGUACAAUAGUAUAAAAGAUGUGUAAUUUACAGCUUUUAGGUCAUGUCUUCAUAACUGGUUUACCAUGUUUUAUAUAGAAUAUUAUUUGCAAUAUCCGGUAGGUGUUCAAAACUGACUCUUACAAAUAAGUCACUGAAAAAUUCCAAUAGUGUCAUUGUAGGUUUUAGGGUUAUAUUCUUGAAUGUUGUUUGUAAAAUGACUUUCCUCUAUUGUGUGUUUUGUUUUGUGGUCGCUCGGUCGUGGAGUUUUCAUCCAGGGAAACUGACCUCCGGAGAGAGUCGAGGUAGACCGCUGAAAUCUGUCUGGGGUUUUUAAACAUCUUUUAACUUCGUUUUCCUACCUAGACAGCUAGCAAAUUUGCACUUUGUCGGAGGGACUGAUGCCCCAUAGGCUUAAUUUAUUAUUCCCCUAAAAACCGGGGUGCUGAUUCAAUUUUACUUUGAUUCUUACUUUGCUAUGAAAUUGCAUCAAGGUGAUGUUGAUUUCUAGUUCUUGAUUAUUUUCAAAACUUCAAUCAUUCAUAGACCUAUAUUUUUAAUGAAAAAUAUGUGAAGAGCAAAAAUCAAUGAAUCUGGGGCAUUGGUCCCCUUUACAGACAGCAGAAACUCUUUGUCAAUCUCUGUAGGGAUGUGUAGUGAAGCGAGGAUUAUAGUCCAAUGAAAUUGACGAAACGGAUCAAAGCUUUCGGUGUUACCAUGGGGGAGCCCUCCUCGGGUCCUGUUUCAUAAAACUUUUUAUAAUAACAAAUUUGGAAUAACAGUUAAAGCUAUUGAAAUCAUUCAAUCUGAUUGGCUGAUUGUAUAAAUUGUUCAUUUGUUAUUAUAACAAGUUUUCAUGAAACGGGACCCAUUUGCGAUAAUAUGAAAAUAUAUUAUUAAAUUUGUGUGAUGAUAAAAUUGUUAGAGAGUGCCUGUUCAUAAAAUUGGUAUGAAAUAUCUCUCAAGAAAGAGCAUGUAAGAUGUCUCUGAUAUUGCAAAAAUUUUGGUUCAAAUUAAAUGUCUGUAUUGAUAACAAUUCAACAUUUUGUCUUGAAUUUUGUAAGAAUUCAAGUUUAAAUUACCGCCCCCCCCCCCCAUUUUUUAAUUAAAUGUGAAUAAAGUACAGUGUUAGACCUUCAUGGAAUUAGGUUUAUACAGGCACUUUGCUUUUCAUUCAUAUUUUUUUCCUUAAGUUGAAAUGUUAAAAAGCAACAAGAUAGGGAAGGGCAAAUUGUUUUAUGAAAUCUAAAUUGAAUGUCCUUGUAUUUAAAAUUUUGUAGAAUCAAAUAGAAAGGCCGCUGUAUUUUAACUAUAUUUUGUAUUUGAGAAUACUUUAGUUUACUAGUUAUCGCUUGUUAUACUACUAUUUACAUGUAAUUGUCCAAAACAGUCUUAACUGAGAAUUAUUUCGAUUCUGAUUUUUGUUCCCACUUUGAUAUCCAUUUCUUUUGGGUGCUUUGUAAACAUCAUUAAUCUAAUGUAAAUAAAAAUCUUUUUUUUUAAUUUGAUAUUUAUUGCAUGUUAAGCUAUAAAUUUUCCUUCAAAAUUCUGAACAAUUCCCUCAGAACUUGUCUCAAAAGAGAUGUUCAGGAGAGUAAAAAAAAAGCUUAACUGCCCUUCUCUGACAUCACAGUGGCAUCGUUUUUUACAUGAGAAACACAAUUUGACUCUAAGUCUCUUUUUUUUAUAAAGAUUUUCCCUACAAUUUGAGACCACAGUCUGUCACCCUAGUAAUAUGCUUUACAGUGGUGCUAAAAAGUUAGUUAUCCCUCCAGAAAAUGAACAUAUUAAAUAGUGUUCAAAUUCUGUCAUCUUUAAGAUAUUGUGAAGUCAGGUGAUAAAAUAUUUAUUCAAUAUAGUUAGUUUCUCUGGGCUCAUCGGACAUUGUAGCAUUGUUUAUGUUAAACACUCGGCAUGAAGGAGUGCAUUUUCUAAUGGGGUUCACUAACUUUCUAGCAUCACUGUAGAUUAUGGAAAUUGUAUCAUUAAAUAUUGAAAUGAUAAUUUAUUACAAGAUCUGGGAACCUUUGAAGGGAAUUCUUGAAAUCAAGUAAAACAACUUAUCUACACAUUUUCUUCGUAAGUCUGGAGGUGUUUAUGUUUUCUAUACUUCCUAAUAGGGAUAUUUUGAAUACUAAAUGACUGAGAUUUAGGAUAAAUUUAUUUGGUAUUACAACCACCACACAAAAAAAUGUUAUAAAAAAUGCUUGUGGAUCUAAGAUUCAUGAUUAAUUCAUCAAAUUGUAUAAUAAACAUUUUCUAUAAACAUACAUGUACAUGUAACAUGCAGUUAAUUUUGGUGAGUAAACAGUACAAUAAAAAGUACAAAACUGUUGUACACUGUACAUUGUAAA